AUGAGGCCCAGUGGUGCAGCCGCGGUGUCCGUGGGGCUGUGGGUCUUGGUGACAGUGAACGUGGUGGCGGACCCCGGUGUGACCGAACCCAGGCGCUGCUCCCUCUCUCACUACCGCUGGUUGGACCCCAGGGCGCUGGAGGCGGUCAAGGCGCUGAGGGACCACUACGUGAGUGAUGCCCGGACCCCCAGUCCCAGGGGACGCUGGUCCCGCCAGGGUCGGGAUCCUGGUCCCUAUCCCGAGGGCCCUGGCAUCCUAGCGUCACGCAGGCGCAUCUCAGAUCUCAGGGCGCCCCCAGGCGGACCCGGCUCACCGGCCAGGAGCCGAGGGUCCCUCGAUGAGGAAAUCGCUGCCUCAGCCCCGCUUCGCUUCCUUCCCGGGUUCCAGGACUCGCCUCGGUGCCAUGAAGCCACCAUCAUCUUCAACCUCCUGCGCCUGCUCACGUGGGACCUGAAGCUGGCGGCGCUCUCAGGGCCUUGUCUCUGACCGGACUGCGAGGCGGGACCCGCGGCUCCGCAGGCGGGCGGCUUAGGUCGGGGCUCUGUGCUGCCCUCUGGUCCAGGCAGGUCUCCAGCCAGUGGGCGCCCGCGCUCAGGAGACUCUGCCGCCGCCGCCGCUGGCCUCACCUCCAUGGCCUGCGCUGAGCGCACCGUGAAGUGCGGGUACAUUUCCUGAGAGGACAACGCGUCCCCUGGGAGCAGGGACAUGUCUGUGGAAUGCAUUGCCCGAAGACCUGCCAGGGGCCUUGUGUGGCAGGAAGAGACUUGAGUCCUGAGUCCACGGGGGACGCUGACCCCACGUACCAUGGGCGAGGAUCUAUUUUUCUGGGUACCAGCAGCCCAGAACCGAGUCUCCAUGACAGUUCCCACGCCCUGGUUUGAGCCUUCAGUGUCUCCUAUGAGAUUCUAUGAAUCUGUGACUCCUGCAUCUCUCCACUGGAGAGGCCUGGUCCCUUAGGGAUUAGGCAGUGACAGAGCCCGAAGUCCUUAGGUUACUGCAGAAUUUUGGAUUCUGUCACCCGUGUGUCUUUUGUAUUUGUGAAAUCCCUGAGUAAUGGGCUACUCUGUCUUUCAUUAUUAAAUAUUCUUGCAUUU